ACCAAUUUUUUUUCCUAAAUUUUUCUAAUCACGCCUGCUACGUGGUAAUAAUCCCUGCCAUGUUAUUGCCGAUCACUUAAAAUGUCUGUCUGGCGCCGGCAGAUUGAUAAUGCUGUAAAUGGACAUUAGACAGGAAACUUCAUCUUCCUCGAAGUUAUUCUCUCGUUUCAGCGCCGCCGCAUUUCUCAUUCUCGUUGCCAGAGCUCCGUUUCUCUUCCUCACUCAAGCUCAAAGUCGAAUCUGCAAACCCUAGAAGAUGCAGUACAAGAGCCUCGGUCGAUCUGGCUUGAAAGUCAGCCAGCUUUCCUAUGGCUCGUGGGUGAGCUUUGGCAACCAGUUAGACGUGAAGGAGGCCAAGUCAAUGCUGCAGUGCUGCAGGGAUCACGGCGUUAACUUCUUCGACAACGCCGAGGUCUACGGCAAUGGCCGCGCCGAGGAGAUCAUGGGCCAAGCCAUCCGUGAGCUUGGCUGGAAGCGGUCCGAUAUUGUUGUCUCCACCAAGAUCUUCUGGGGCGGUCCUGGUCCCAAUGACAAGGGUUUGUCUAGGAAGCAUAUUGUGGAGGGGACCCAGGCGUCGUUGAGGCGGCUCGAUAUGGAUUACGUUGAUGUCAUCUACUGUCACAGGCCAGACUCCUCUACACCAAUUGAAGAGACAGUUAGGGCUAUGAAUUUUGUGAUUGAUAAGGGUUGGGCGUUUUAUUGGGGAACCAGUGAGUGGUCUGCACAACAAAUUACUGAAGCAUGGGGAAUAGCAGAGAGAUUGGAUUUGGUGGGGCCCAUUGUGGAGCAGCCUGAGUAUAAUAUGCUAUCUAGACACAAGGUUGAAUCUGAGUUCCUCCCUCUGUACGCCAACCAUGGCCUUGGUCUAACCACAUGGAGUCCACUUGCUUCUGGAGUGCUUACGGGAAAGUACAACAAGGGGGUCAUACCACCUGAUAGCCGAUUUGCAUUGGAAAAUUACAAAAAUCUUGCUAGCAGGAGUCUGGUUGAUGAUGUGCUGCGGAAAGUAAAUGUACUGAAGCCAAUUGCAGAUGAACUUGGUGUAUCUUUGGCUCAACUCGCUAUUGCAUGGUGUGCCGCAAACCCUAACGUAUCAUCAGUUAUCACUGGUGCUACAAAGGAAUCUCAGAUUCAAGAAAACAUGAAGUCAAUUGAUGUUAUCCCACUAUUAACUCCUACUGUGAUGGAGAAGAUUGAGGCCGUUGUACAAAGCAAGCCAAAACGCCCGGAUUCUUAUAGGUAGAUGGGAGUAAUCAAAUCAGUUUCUUUGUGUUAUUACCGACAGAUUUCAGAUUGCCAUUGCGGUAUGCUGAAAAUCAUGUGUAUGCAGUUGCGUGUCUCACUUUUCCUCGUUAAUAAGAAAAGUGAGAUAAAAAAUAGUAGAUUUGUAAUUGAAGUCACCGUGGAUGGUGGAGGAUUUGUAAACGAACAUUGUUCAUGUUUGUAUUUCAUUGGCUUUGGUUACCUUAUCUUUCAGUGUUACUAGUUUAUAUAAUGCUUUUUUAUUUUAAAAUAAUUGUUAUUUUUUUAU